AUGGAUCAACAUCCAUCUGCAGCGGUGCACUACAAACACCAGCAACAUCCAUCUGCAGCGGUGCACUACAAACACCAGCAACAUCCAUCUGCAGCGGUGCACUACAAACACCAGCAACAUCCAUCUGCAGCGGUGCACUACAAACACCAGCAACAUCCAUCUGCAGCGGUGCACUACAAACACCAGCAACAUCCAUCUGCAGCGGUGCACUACAAACCCCAGCAACAUCCAUCUGCAGCGGUGCACUACAAACACCAGCAACAUCCAUCUGCAGCGGUGCACUACAAACACCAGCAACAUCCAUCUGCAGCGGUGCACUACAAACACCAGCAACAUCCAUCUGCAGUGGUGCACUACAAACACCAGCAACAUCCAUUUGCAGCGGUGCACUACAAACACCAGCAACAUCCAUUUGCAGCGGUGCACUACAAACACCAGCAACAUCCAUCUGCAGCGGUGCACUACAAACACCAGCAACAUCCAUCUGCAGAGGUGCACUACAAACCCCAGCAACAUCCAUCUGCAGCGGUGCACUACAAACACCAGCAACAUCCAUCUGCAGCGGUGCACUACAAACCCCAGCAACAUCCAUCUGCAGCGGUGCACUACAAACACCAGCAACAUCCAUCUGCAGUGGUGCACUACAAACACCAGCAACAUCCAUUUGCAGCGGUGCACUACAAACACCAGCAACAUCCAUCUGCAGCGGUGCACUACAAACACCAGCAACAUCCAUUUGCAGCGGUGCACUACAAACACCAGCAACAUCCAUCUGCAGAGGUGCACUACAAACCCCAGCAACCUUCAUCUGCAGCGGUGCACUACAAACACCAGCAACAUCCAUCUGCAGCGGUGCACUACAAACACCAGCAACAUCCAUUUGCAGCGGUGAACUACAAACAUCAGAUAAAGUCCACCUUCAUCUGCAGCGUUGGCACACCUGACCUGUUAUCUGCUCCUAGCCUGGCACUUGGCCUCUUUAAAUUGGACCUUUUAGUAAGGUUGUAA